UGGCUUGUCAGAGUCGGAGGGAGGAGAGAAGCCGACAGACACAACACAGAGGCCGGGGGAACCGUCGUCCAGCUUUGAUGAGAUAGUCACCGAACAAAAGGACAACAAAAAAAACAGAAAUAAAUUGACUUUAAACACCUUGACAGGUAUGGUCCUGAGUGUGACGUGGCGGUCAGUGCGGGGACACGUAUCCCGCAGAGAGGCUCUCUGAUUCGGAAUCGGGGAAAUGCCCGCGGGCUGCAAGGCUGCAGACGGAAUCUCUCGGUGGAAAUGUGGCCGUGGAUCUGGUGCAUGCUGCUGGUCGCCCAGUCUGGGGAGGUCCGCACCCAAACAGAAAACCAGGUGGUGUUCCAGCUGGGAAGCUUCCAGAACGUGAGCGUCUCCCACAAUGAGACGGUGCAGGCCACGGUGUCGGGCAUCCCGGACACGGUGGCCUUCGUCACUCUGCAGUUCCACACCCAGCACCGCAGCACCGCCCUCUCCUUCACCCGGGUCCCAGGGGCCGCUCUCUCCGCCCCAGACACCGGGCUCCUGUCGACCCUGGCCCCCGGCCAGACCUCCCUCUCCCUGUUCCUCACCACCCUGGACCGGUACCCCGUGGCGGGCAUGGGGGUCACCCUGCCCUACACCAGCGCCGACCCGGUCCCGGGGGCCUGCAACGGGGUCUUCGGCCUAGGGACGGACCCCAACCUCUACCUGACCUACAACCUCUACGAGACCACCCUGCGCUUUGCCCCCGCCAGCGUGGGCUAUGCCAGAGGCGCGACCCCCCCGCCGUGCAACGUCUCCACGGAGACGGCCGUGCGGCGCCGGCUCCUGUACGACGUGUACCGGUUCCUCCUCCCGGCAGGGGACCUCUCAGAGGGCGGCCUCUUCAGCGGCCUGCAGAAGGUGGCCUCUGCCCAGAGCCUGGGGGCCAACCCCGGCCUGGGGGCCGACUCAAGCCUGGGGACCGACGUCCGCCUGGUCACGACCCUGUCCUGGGAGAACGACACGGUUGCCGUGGUGAGCUCGGUGCUUGGCCGGGGGGCCGUCUACGCCGUGGUGGUCCGCGACCCGGAGAGGAACACCUCCGCCUCCUACGUCCCCGUCCACACCUACGCCUGCAGCUUCGACUCCGCCCUGGAAGGCUGCCUCACCCUGGGUCAGAUCUCCACCAAAGUCUUCUUCACUCUCUCUGGCCUGGCGGGUUUAUUCGUCUGCUUCUUCGGUCACCGUUUCUUCAAAUGUGAGCUCUUCUGCAUGGGCUUCGCCUUCGUCUGCUUCCUCUUCUUCGUCCUCAUCACCUGGACCACCACGCUGGACUACGAUCUGCGUCUGGCCCUGGCGGCGGUGCUGGGCGUGGUGGGCGGGGCCGUGCUGGUCACCUGCUGGUGGCGCUUCGGCUCCGUCAUGGCGUGCGUCGCCGUGGUCGGCCUCAUCCUCGGCUUCUUCGUCGCCUCCACCGUCUUCUUCACUCCCUUCGGGGAGCUGGAGGUGUUCCAGGGCUCGGAGGUGGCCUUCUGGGUGACGUACUGCUGCCUGGUCCUGGCCGUGUCCCUGGUGAUGGUCCGCUGGCCCAGAGAGGGUAACAUCAUCACGUGUGGCGUGGUGGGGGGGUACUGCGUGGUGCUGGCGGUCAACGUCUACGUCUCCACCUCGCUGUCCUACAUCACGCUCAACGUCCUCAAGCGCUUCCUCAACCCCAACUUCGACCCCGCCUUCACCGACGUCUCGUUCCACGACAUCGACUUCGUGCUGAUCACGCUGUGGGUGGUGCUGGGGGCCUCGGGGGUGGUGCUCCAGCUGUACCGGGAGCGCUCCAGGCCCUUCUUCCCGCCCAGCCCCUACCUCAUGUGGCUGCAGGAGCGGGAGCGCCGGAAGACCAACGUCCUGGACCCCAGCCACCACGGGGCCACGCCCGCCGGGCGGCUGCUGGCCCGCCUCCGCCAGCUCACACGCCGCCGCGAGCCCAACGGGGAGCACACGCCCCUCCUCCUCUGACCCCCCCCCUCCCCCCUCCUCCCUCUCUCGCUUGCUCCCUCGCUUUCUCUUUCAAACGUUUUAAUCCCACUGAGUUUUUCAGGUUUUCCUUGUCUCUCGUUGUCCUCCGUCUCUUCUCUCUUUCUGCCCUUUCUGUUCCCUCCUCCAAGCCUCCUUUCUCUCCGUCUCUCUCUUUCUAUCGCUCUCUUCGCAUUCUCUAGUUCACGUUUUCUCGAACUCUCCGUCUUUCAAAAUGCUAUUGCUCUGGUUCUUUCGUUCUAUCCGUCUUUCUCUUUCUCUCAAGCUCUUUCUCUUUCCCUCUCUUUCCCCCUUCUUUCUCACCCGUUCCCCGGCGCAUUCUCUCUCUCUCUGUCUCGCUGUCUCUCUCUCUCUUUCGGCCCUCUGCUGUCUUUUUAAACCAAAACCCUUGACCACAUCACACAUUAGUACCCCCCCCCCCCCCCCCCCCCCCCCCCCCCCUCCCAGUGUGCUGUUACAGAGCAGCGACGGUAUUGAACACAGCACGCUACACUGAGCGCAGUACACCGGCCCCCGGCGACAUCAUCAGGUAACCAUCGGAGACGGAAGGGCGAGGAAGACGAUGUCCGAGACAUCCGUCCCAUCGGAGGAGGGAAUGUUCCGCCGUGCCAAAAAAAGGAUCGCGAGGACGAUGGAUUACCACGGCAACCGUCCACAUCUUUAACCACCGACGAGAGGUCGAGGCCGAACCGUCUCGCCUUCCCUCUGACGUCGAAAGCCCCUUUCAUCAGACACUUUGCUUAAUGUGUAUAAAAACCACUGUAACCACUGAAACCGCUGAAGCCAUGCUCACCAUGCGUGAAGACCACCGAAGCGAGCUCAGAGGCCAACCGUUCUAAAAGCUCUAAGAGCUAGCAUUAACAGAGCAUGUCUGGCCCAGAGCUCAUCUUCACGCUUGCAACCUGAGGCACCGCUGCCUUGCCCAACUGCACUAAGUCACCCGAUAUGGGACAUGUUGUCUUUUACCCUUGUUUUCUUUUACAAGAAAACCCACAGAGAUAACUUGGUUUAUUGCCCCUCUGAUGGGGAUAUAUGGCGUCGCAUUGGCAGGUUUUGGCAUGAUCCCAGUUCGCUCUUGGCUCUACGGGGACACUAGGAGAGGAGGGGAGGAACCUUUUAGCUCAGACAGGCUCUGCUCUAUUAGAUCAACCCUCUGACUGGUUCAUCGUUUUGAAUGAAAGGAUUCAGUGACCCCGUUUCUCUCAGCCGACGACUCGUUGCAAAAUGUCAGAAAAAGAAAAUAGCAAGAGCUUUAUAUGUAUAAAAAAAGUACAAAGAAGAAAACGGCAAGAUCUUGACAUGUAAAAAAAGAUUACAAGGAUUGAGUGAUCUUGUUUUAUUUUUAUACCCAAAUGGAGCAGGGAGUCGAGGUGAUUCUAAACAGCCUGAAAACUAAAAGAGGAGACUUUGGUGUACUGAGCCGAUGCCCCCGAAGACCACCUGCCGAGCAGCCAAGGAACGCUUGCUUGGUCGGCGCUUCUGUCCGUCUGCAAACAGGAUGUGAUGAGUCAUGAGCCUGUGUCUGUUGAUUCAUUUAAUUGGUUCCUCGUUCUCAAUCAGGACGAGUUCAUCAGGCUGUGUGGGUCUAAUCUCAGGGUGGUCCAGUCCUAACUCACUGAAUACUACUAUGCACUAAAACCACUUGUCUCUGUGUGUGGACCUUGCCAAUGCCAACCAGUCUUCUGUUUGACAUAUAUCUGCCUAUUUUAUUGUUGUUUUCUUUCCGAGACGGUUUUUCCAGCCUUGUGUCAAGAUGAGGUUUUUUAAUCUGCAUUUUUUGUAGCACUCCAUUAUGUAUAUUUACAAAAAAAGAUAUAUUGUAAUUAAAUACCUUUUUUGUAUAUUUAAUAAAUUGUCCAACAUGUCGAUUCAA